UUAUUCUCUCUCCGGUGAUUGUCUGUCCUCGAUUUCACCCUCUUCCUUUUCCGGUGCCGGAUUUUCCUUUCCGGUGGUUCGCUGGCCUCUCCUCCUCCCCUUUUCUUGGGAAAACCCUAAUUGUUUCUCAUCCUUUUUGCUGUGCUUCCUCGCCUUAUUUGGCCUGGAUCUGCAAUUUCUAGCGUAUAAUGCCAGGCCAUUGUAGAAGGAAGAACAUGCCUUCUGGACAUUAAUGGCGAGAAUUGUUUUCUAGGGUUUUGUCUUGUAGGGUUUCAGGGAUUCUUUUAGAAUAUUCGAAGCUUCUCAUGUGGAAUAUUGUUUCUUGUUCUGCGAAAUUGGAGGCUUAAGGGUGAGAGGCAUGAUAAAUGGUGAAAGGAAGGCUUUGUGCAUCUAGAGAGGUCAAGAAUGGGAUUGGUAAAAAGCAGAACCUGAUGAAUUUGGGUGUUGUGCCCGAGGGGGGAACUUCCAGUGCAAAUAUGAUGUCCAGAAGUGGGGGAGAUGCCUUGAGAGUUCGAGCAUCAUGUGGGAUGAGCUUAAAUCAAAGAGCGGAGUCUGGUUCCAGGGUCCCCGGUGGAUCCAAUGUAAAGGAUGUGUUUGCAAAGCAUAAUGUGAAAAAAUUUGCUGCACAUGAUUCAGACUGGAUUGGCAAAGUACCAGUUUGUCCUGUGUACAGCCCCACAAAGGAAGAGUUUAAGGACCCAUUGGUAUAUCUUCAAAAGAUAGCUCCUACAGCUUCAAAAUUUGGUAUAUGCAAAAUUAUUUCACCUGUGAGUGCUUCUGUUCCUGCUGGUGUGGUGCUGAUGAAGGAAAAGGCUGGUUUCAAGUUUUCAACUCGAGUCCAACCCCUAAGGCUUGCUGAAUGGGAUGUUGAGGAUAAGGUCACCUUUUUUAUGAGUGGAAGAAAUUAUACUUUCCGUGAUUUUGAGAAGAUGGCAAACAAGAUGUUUUCACGAAGAUAUUCUAGUGCAGGAUGUCUGCCUGCUAGGUAUUUAGAGGAAGAAUUUUGGCGUGAAAUUGCAAGUGGGAAGACAGAGAGUGUUGAAUAUGCUUGUGAUAUUGAUGGCAGUGCCUUUUCCUCUUCCCCAAAGGAUCCACUAGGAAGCAGCAAAUGGAACUUGAAUACACUUUCUCGGUUGCCCAAAUCAAUAUUGCGUCUUCUGGACAAUGCAAUUCCGGGUGUAACAGAUCCCAUGCUUUACAUUGGAAUGUUAUUCAGUAUGUUUGCAUGGCAUGUUGAAGACCAUUAUCUGUACAGCAUUAACUAUCACCAUUGUGGAGCAUCAAAGACAUGGUAUGGGAUUCCCGGUCAUGCUGCUUCUGACUUUGAAAAAGUCGUUCAGGAGAAUGUGUACACGAAUGAAAUUCUUUCCCCUGGUGAGGAUGCAGCAUUCGAUGUGCUCUUAGGGAAGACAACCAUGUUCCCUCCAAAUAUUUUGUUGGAUCAUGGUGUCCCUGUGUAUAAAGCUGUGCAAAAACCUGGAGAGUUUAUCAUCACCUUUCCUCGAGCUUAUCAUGCUGGCUUCAGUCAUGGUUUUAACUGUGGUGAGGCUGUGAACUUUGCGAUUGGUGACUGGUUUCCACUCGGGGCAAUUGCUAGCCGGCGCUAUGGGCUUCUCAACAGGGUGCCUCUUCUUCCUUAUGAGGAACUUCUCUGUAAAGAAGCAAUGCUGCUUUCCAAGGGCAAAUCUUCUAGUGGAGAUGAAGAUCCAGAGUAUUCAUCCCUAGACCUGGUUUGUCAACACUCUGUAAUGGCUUCCUUUGUGCAUCUAAUGCGUCUUCAGCACCGUGCUCGCUGGUUGCUCAUGAAGGCUGGAGCUUGUGCCGCCCUUUUGCCAAGUUCCCAAGGAACACUUUUGUGUGGCCUUUGCAAACAUGAUUGCUAUGUGGCAUUCAUCAGAUGCAACUGUUAUGAUCAUCCUAUUUGCCUUCGCCAUGAGGUUGAGGCAAGGUGUUGUCCAUGCAAAGGAAAUCGUGUUAUACAUAUUAGGGAAGAUAUAAUGGAUAUGGAAUCUGUGUCUCAGAAGUUUGAACAGGAAGAGGGAAUAUUGGAAAAAUUUUACGGUCUGUUGCACCAUGGUGAUGGUUCUGUUCUACAUGGCCUAUAUAAAUCCACUGAGGAUGGUUAUGUGGCAUAUUGUGCUAUAAAUUGUGAAACCAAGCUGGAUGUUGGGCAAGGUGAUGAGCAUUCAAAGGUAUUAGAUGUUUCUCAGAGCUUGCCUUUGCAAAAUGGUGAUUCAAUGACAUUCAAUGAUGUUUGUGAGAGCUUUUCUGUGCAAAAUGGUGGGAGGUGUAAGGAUUUUACUGAAGUUGAAGCUCAAGAGCAGGCACACUCAUGUGGAACAUCAACCUUGUGUUCUUCCUACAGGCCUCAAGAAAAUUCAUCCUUACCAUCAGAUGGUAGUGGGAGCACAUAUGUGAUCAGGGUAACUAUGGCUGCUGAAUUUCCAGCAAGUGGAGACAUUACAGACAAUGCAGAUGAAGCUCCUCUAGAGCGUAAAUGCUUGUCUAAGGAGCAGAGAGAUUUAUGCGGUGGCCAGUUAAUGGAUUUUAGGUUACAAGAGAGUGAUGACUCCGAUUCAGAAAUAUUCAGGGUUAAACGUCGACGUGUUGUUAGUGUCGAAAACCAAACUGCAAGCAAUUUAGUAAACUCAAAGGUUCCUCAACAGCAGGCACUUAAACGACUGAAGAAACUUGUGCCAGAGGGACGGGGCCCACAAACUCUUCCACUAGGAAGCAGCUCUUCUCACAAGCUAGACACUCGACCCCAACAUCUUUCUAAAGCAUGUCCUCAUUCCCUCAAGCUCAGAACAACCUCACCUGAUACAAAAUCAGCCAUGGAUAAGAACCCGCAUUCAAAGACCCAAAAAUUAAGAGAAAAUACCUCCAAGGACUGUAAGUGUCAAUCCAAAUACAGGGAAAUUUCCAGUACAGUAGACAGCUAUAGACCAACCCCAAAAACCAGAGAAAAUUUCAGCAGGGAUGAUAACAAUUAUUCAAAAUUUAGAGAAAUCCCCAGUAAAGAAGAAAGCCAUCGACUGGUCCACAGCUUCAGAGACAGCUUUAGCAAGGAUGAUUACUAUCAUGCAAAAGUAAGGGAAUUUUCGAGGAAAGAAGAUAGUUGUCACUCUUCUGAGAAAUCUCUUGAAGUGGGGCCCAAGCGUAUUAAGGUGCGGGGUCCAUCUUUUUCAGCGGAGGCGAGAUUCCGGCUCCCCGAUUCCCGCAAGGGGUCAGAAGUGGGCCCCCCUAAAGCCUGACACCACUAAUUAAUUAAGACCUAAGCAAUCCAGAAAGAAAAAAGAAAAAAAUGGGGAAAGCUAACUACUGAUGAUAACAUGGGGGCAAAUUUGGCAAUAACCAAUUCUUUGCAUGCAAGCCUUGUAAAAAAAAUGAAAAUUAAGGCUUUGGCAUGCUCAGAUUCUUGGGGUUUCUUCCCGGUUUUUUGUUUUCCGGUGAGGACACAAGCAAGGUGGUAAGAAUCUGUGUAAUUUUUCAGGGUUAAUUUUUUUUGUUUAAUCCCUUAUUCUUCGAGAGAUGCCGGGUAUUUUACCUGGCUCUCUGAUCAGUCUGCUGAUUCCCCCGACCUUUUUUCUCUUUUUGGCUUUAGUUUUCUUUUUUUGAAUAUUCUUUUACAGCAAUUGAUCCUGUACUCUGGCCUGGCCUUGAAUAAAAAGAAGUAAUGCAAAGAUUAUAGUUCA